AGGCCGGGCCGGUGCCCGCGGCGGAGGGCGGCAGGCGGGGCCCAGGUGCGCCCGGCCUCGCCGGGCCCGGAACUGCGGGGGGCGGCGCCCUCCCGCCGCAACCGCAGUGGCCGGCGCCGCAGCGAGGAGCCAUGGGCAACAUCUCCUCCAACAUCUCGGCCUUCCAGUCCCUGCACAUCGUCAUGCUGGGCUUGGACUCGGCCGGCAAGACCACGGUGCUCUACCGGCUCAAGUUCAACGAGUUCGUGAACACGGUGCCCACCAUCGGCUUCAACACGGAGAAGAUCAAGCUAAGCAACGGCACCGCCAAGGGCAUCAGCUGCCACUUCUGGGACGUGGGCGGCCAGGAGAAGCUGCGGCCGCUGUGGAAGUCCUACAGCCGCUGCACGGACGGCAUCAUCUACGUGGUGGACUCGGUGGACGUGGACCGGCUGGAGGAGGCCAAGACGGAGCUGCACAAGGUGACCAAGUUCGCCGAGAACCAGGGCACGCCGCUGCUCGUCAUCGCCAACAAGCAGGACCUGCCCAAGUCGCUGCCGGUGGCCGAGAUCGAGAAGCAGCUGGCGCUGCACGAGCUCAUCCCGGCCACCACCUACCACGUCCAGCCGGCGUGCGCCAUCAUCGGCGAGGGCCUCACCGAGGGCAUGGACAAGCUCUAUGAGAUGAUCCUGAAACGCAGGAAGUCCCUCAAGCAGAAGAAAAAGCGGUAAUGCUCCCGGCAGCGUUCGGGAGCGAGGGGGCAGCAAGCGAGUGAGUCGGGAAUGAAUGAAUGGGCCAAUGGGUGGACGGACGGAUGGGUGAGCGAGAGCCCGCGCCCGCGAACAAAGACAGCGAACCAAAGCGAUGCUUCGAAUUUUUAAAGCAGCAUCCUGCGCCCAAAUGCAGGACUAGUGACUUAACCUGGGUAGGUAGGCUGACUUGCCAGUCUGCCCUCGACCUGCCCCCACCCCCAGCUCAAGGGACCUUUUGUCUGAACGCCAGAGCUACUAAUGGGGUGAGGGGCCGCGCUGGGAAGUGGACGUUCAGGUCCUGCUCUCCGCCCUCCCGUCCCAGGUGGAAGGCUCAGAUGUCAGAGACAAAAGCGAUUUCUUCCUGCUCCGGCGGGGCCAGAAGUUCAGGCCGCCCCGCCCUCACUGGGGAUGGCACCUGUGAGUUACCUGAGGUAUGCGGUUCCCAGAGCCCAUCAGGGAGCAUGUUGGCAGUGGGAGGUGCUGGGGAGACAGCUGCUUCUUGCAUUCUUGAGCUGUGGAAGCUGGAUAAUUUUAUGUCACAGGGCAGGCCCCUGUUGAAAAUUCAUUUGUCCUGCUCUGGGCCCAAACGAGGUGGUGGUUUGGGCCAUCGGAGGACUGUCUGGAACAAUACACAGCCAGAGGGCAUGGGGGGCUGUGCCGGCCUGGGCUGGGGAAUGGCCCCGAAGAUGCCCUUUCCUGGUGCUUUGUGGUGGCUACGGAAGACCAGUUUUGUUGAGAACUGCUUUUCAGCCUGGAAUAAGACAUCUUUCAGAUGGUUUGGACCCUGUCCAUGUGUAGGUCAUUAUCACACAAAGAGACCAAUAAAAAUUUAAAAAAAAAAAACAAAAACUGUUGGAGGUGGUGGCAAAUAAUGCGUUGACUGUCUGCAGGAUAGUUAAAGGUGUUUAAAGGGUAAGGUUCUUGGCGUAAACGCUGGAUGGGGUGUGUGUAUAGAUACUGGGACCUCCCUCUGUACUGUGUAGUCAGUAAAUACCUAGACCCAGAUAUGUGGAAUCUUAAAUUCUCUUAGCCUGCCGAUUGGUUUAUGUGAGCACACACCAGCUGCAGAUGUGUGCUGAAUUGCAAGAUGGUUUUCACAAGGGAUGUGUCUUGUCAUACUAACCGCCUGAUGAUGGGUUUUGGUUUCCAGACAUGUUUAAAAAAAAAAAACUUCUACAAAUGAAUACUCACGUUAGAAAUAUUCACCUUAGGAAAAAAGACUUUGCCCUUUUUCGAUCCCUUUACGAUGCAAGUGGCGACAUGUUCAAAUUUCUAAUUUGGUUCCUUGUGGCCUAUCUGGUUCAAGUAUUUUCAUUACCAAUGUCUCGUUAGAGUUUUUGAUGUCAUGCACCAAAAAAUAAAACCCCACCUUGUUGCAAAAGCCGACCUCGUUGCAUGGAUUUAAAAACGAAGGAAAAGCACAAGGAUGAGGUCUUUCCUAAUUCAUUCUUGUGGGAACUGACUGCGUAGCCAUCGCAAACAAUGAGUGCAUGGGAUAGCAGAAAGCAGCGUGACGUAAUGGUCACCUGUACUCAGGCACCCUCCCAGUUUACUUGAAAGAGGCUUUGGAAGAAUAGAUAAAAUGAAAGAAGAGUAAAUACAUAUUUUUCAUAACGUAAUUUAAAAAAAUCCUUUAUAAUCAGGACUGAGUCUUGGUUUGCAGAAGCUGUCAUUUACGCUGAGACACAGUAUCAAAAGGGACAAUUAAACUUACUGUUUGAUUUUUAUUUCCUCUAGGAGUCCACGUUGACAGGCAGCAUUAGGUUUUUUUUUCCCCUGCCGUUAGAAAUUUCUUUAUGAAGGAGGCCUCUAGAAAUUGGCAUGAUCAGGCUAGAGCAUGUAAGUUAGGCAAAUUAUAAAUCCACGCCUUUUUGUCCAUUGCACUCAGAAAGGUAAUUUAAGAACCAGAGACAGAAGUCCUGGCUUCUUGCUUGAAACCCGAUUCUUCUAGGAAAUAUGUUUAAAAGAAGAAAACUGGCAGCCCAUCUUUCUUUUCUCUUUUGUCGGUGUAUUUGGUACCCCUCCAAUGCUGGUCUUUUUGUAGAAACUCAGUAGAGAAAAUUUAGCUAAGCGGUGUUGAAAAGCCUGCAGGAUUUCAGUUUACAUAUCAACAGCGUAUUCACUGAUUUCUAAAUGGGCUGGUCCCAACAUCUGAAGAUUCUGUAUAGAAUUAUUAAAAAAAAAAAAUCCAUCUUCUUUAUUUUCUUCACAUGCGACAAUUUCUUAAGCACUUUGACAUUUUGGUAGUUCCACACUAUUGAGAGAAUAAUAUAUUUAUUUUGUGACAUUGCAGAUGCCAAAUACUCUAACCUUCUCGUGCUAACGAUACUUAGGUUCUAGGUCACUGUUCCGAUCCUGUCGUGCUUUACAAAUGAUGUGAAAGGAUUCUGUUUUUUGCAUUAUCGAUACUUACCGGUGCAGUCAACUGUUAGUAAUUGUGCAGUAAAGUAAAGCCCUGUGGUGUUUCAACUACUAGUUAAGAGUCUCAGUUGAUUUCUCUAAUGUUUGACCUAAUAAUUGCCCAUUUCAUCUCUGACCAGAGGAAGCAGCGAUCAAAUCUGGAAGGGUCACCCCCGGAGGCCCCUCCAACAUAGCGAUCCGUUCUGCCUCCUGCCCUUGAGAAUGAAUGGGCUUCACGUAGAAGUUGGCCUCCCCGUGUGAGCUUUGGCAAUGUUUUCUCGUAGACGCGGAGAGGCCGGUUUUGUUUCAGGACAAUUCUCUUCACAAAUUCUCGGGCACGGUGUCGGGACCCUGUCUCCUGGUUUCAGUUUUCGUUCCUCCUCCUGUGAUGCUCCGUCUUCAUCCUCCUCUUCUGUUUCCGUUCCCUUUUAUAUGCAUAUAUGAUGCUGUGAACAGAAAUAAAUUAUUUAUA